UAGGCAGCUUUCAUCAUGGCGUCCAAUGGCCUAGUAUUUAGACCGGGCAGAGGUCCAUCUUUCAUCCUAGUCGGGCUAGUAGUCAUCGUUAUAAUACUCUUCUACAGCUACUGGGGUGUUUCUUCCAAAAAUAAUAAGUUACUUAGAGAUGUUAGCGUCUUACAAGACCGGUUACGUGUCUUAGCGGCUCGAAAGCUGACAGCAGACAAAAAAGGUUCUGCUCUACUAACCCAAAUCACUCAAUUGCAAGAAGACAAAGAGCAAAAAGAUAAGGUUAUCACCUCCAAAGACGACAGAAAUGCUGAGUUAUCAGAAUCUUUGCAAAAGAAAGAGGUUGAAUUAUCAAAAGUUCGACAGCAAGAGCAAAAUUACCUAAUGGAGUUAGAGAAACUGAAAAAAGGAGUAAACAGCUCAUCUUCAGGUCUCAAAACAUUAAAAGGAAAGGCUGAUCAGCUGUUGAAAAGCUAUCAAGAUAUUAAGGUUAAUCACUCUGCACUUCUCCAACAGAUUUCUAAGGUGACAUCUCAGAGGGAUUUUUACCAGAAGGAAUUAGCAAAUGUCAAGACAGAACUUGAAGACUUAAAGAAUAGAGCAGUCAAUAAGGUCCCCACAAAACCCAAUAAGGAACCAACUGAAAAUGAGGACAAUGACAGAGAUGAGAAAAAAACAGAUGAACCAAAGAAACCUGUACCAAGCACAUCAGAGACAAACAUGGAAGGAGCUGGGAUUGCGAAUUCCUCCUCAGCAGCAAAUGUUUCAGAUGUAAAGAACAUAAAGUCGAUUGGAGAUAAGUCUCAAAGUGAAGAAGUUGCUAGUUCUCCAACGAAAAGAAGCAUUGGAAUUUUGGAUAAAUUGAAACAGGAUAUCACUGGGGGAUCAGAUGAAGAUGAGAAAGUGGUGACUAAAGAUAAUGGAGGUGCCCAACAGCCACCUGAAAAGAGUUCUGUUAGUGACAAGAACAGUCAACAAGGAAAUGAGGAUGAAGCUAACAGUGAAAGGAACAACCAGGAGGAGAAUAAAAAGAAAGUGAUGGACAAUGGACAGGGACAAAUAACUCCUACCAGCAGUGAGGAGAAGGAUAUGAAAGGAAAAGAUAAGAAUGAACGUGUGAGAGAUCAAGAGGAUGAAAAUGGUGAAGAGGAUGAAAAUGGUGAAGAGAAUGAGAACGAAGGAAAUGAAGAUGAUGAGUCUGACAAGGAUGUAGAUGACCCACAAAAGGACGAAGGAGAGGAAACUGAAAACAAACAGCAACCACUCUCCAGAGAUAAUCUUCAGAAGAAAAUUAUGAAUCCUCCAGACAGUUUUAAAGACAUGAGAGGCCUACCAAGAGAUGUUAUGUCAAGUGUAAGUACUGCCAGUACUGUUUUCUCAUAA